AUGACGAAGCUUCUCUAUCCCACCUCGCUCGUCCUCGACGUAGCCUCCCUCGAGGGUUACUCCGUCCAGCUCGUCCCCUACGACGUCAAGGCUCCCCAGAUUCCUGCUGAGCACCACGAUGCCACCAUCCUCGUCACAUGGACCAACACCCCCGACAACCUUCGCUACGCCCAGGCCAACCUCAAGAACCUGCGCUGGAUCCAGUCCCUGGCCGCCGGCCCCAAUGACGUCCUCGGCGCCGGCUUCGACACCUCCAAGGUCACAGUCACCACUGGCUCCGGUCUCCACGACCGCACCGUCGCCGAGCACGCCCUCGGCCUGCUCCUCAACGGUGCUCGCCGUUUCUACGAGAUGCGUGACUUCCAGCUCCAGAACAAGUGGCCCGCUCACCUGGGCGGCCCCCAGCCCGACCGCCCCAAGGACCGCUUCACCACCCUGCGCGAUGCCCGUGUCCUUGUCUGGGGUUUCGGCAACAUUGCCAAGUGCCUCGUGCCUAGUCUUACCGUCCUCGGCGCCCAGGUCAAGGGCGUUGCCCGCUCCACCGGCGUCCGUGACGGCGUCGAGGUCUACUCCGAGGACCACCUCGCCAAGCUGCUGCCCGAGACUGACGCUCUUGUCAUGAUCCUGCCCGGCUCCGACUCCACCAAGAACGCUCUUAACGCCGAGCGUCUCAAGCUGCUCCCCAACCACGCCUGGGUCAUCAACGUCGGUCGCGGUACCUCCAUCGACGAGGAUGCCCUCGUGGAUGCUCUGGAGAAGAACGAGAUUGGCGGCGCCGCCCUCGACGUGUUCCAGACCGAGCCUCUCCCGGAGAGCAGCCGCCUCUGGAAGGCCCCCAACGUUGUCGUCUCGCCUCAUGCUGCUGGCGGCAGGCCCCAGGACGCCGAGGCUCUGAUUACCUACAACCUGAGAAGAUUCUUGGCCGGCCAAGCUCUCAAGAACGUCAUCUGA